AUGGUGACGCUGUCCGUGCCUAAAGCCAGUCUCUCGAGACGUGGCUCCUCUGUGAAGUCGUCGACGCAGGACUCAGUAACUCAGGGCGAACCCUCUUUCAAGUCCUUCAUACAAGGGCUCAAGACGCUCAGCGCCGAACGCCAGGAAGAGCAGCAGAAGAGGUCACGUAGCAACAAGUCUUGGAUAUCGGACUCUUACCUCGAACACCGCUUUUCACGGAUCGUGGUCACAGUAGCUGGCAUACCUGUCAGAACGAAGCAUGUACUUCUGACGGCCAUUCUAAUGCUGACAGUGACAGGCAUCAUAGCCGCCAUCAUUCGACUCACACGGGAUGAAAAGUCGGCCCCGAAGACACCUUACUGCAAGACCAGAGGCUGUCUCGUCCACGCUUGGCGUCUUACCGAUAAGCUGAACACUAGCCUCGAUCCCUGCCAUGACUUCAGCGCUUACGUCUGUUCCGCUUGGUCACCACCAGAUGGCUACCUCGAGCAUUCUAACUCAGCCAUGGAUGACGUGCGCAAGUCUUGGUUCCCCGUGUUCGAGCAGAUCCUCAAAGAAGGCUCCAAGACUCUUCGAGUCGGCCACAAGGCCCUCAUCAUGUAUGCUACGUGCAUGGGCGACAGCCAACAUUACGGCUCGAACAUUGACAUUUUCUCAAAGUUCCUCAGUGAAUGUCGACUGUCCUGGCCAGACCAGCCACAGACUUACAACACCAGCGCUCUCGAGGUACUGAUGACGCUCGCGCUGAAGUGGCAGGUUCCACUGUUCUUUCAAGUAAGGGUACAGCACUCGGCGGCCAAAACAAAUUGGCGUUUAUUGUUAGAACCAGGCUCACUUAUACCACUGAUGUAUCAGCACCAUGUCACGAUAAAGAGUACUGGUGCGUAUGCCAAGUACUGGGCUUCGUUCUUCUACAUCCUGAGAGAAAAUUACGACGGGAAUGCGAUAAACCACACGCUCGUAGACGCAGUUGUCGCGUUAGAGGGCGACGUCUUCAGAAGACUGCUAGUGGCCAUGCAUCCACCUGUAGUACGCCCGGUAUUGGUUCCGAUCGCAAAGAUUGGACUAUACACACGGCCGCUAGAGUCAGAAGAGUGGCUGCACGCAUUACGGCAGAUACAGCUCGAGCCAGAAGUCAGUUACAAUGACACGCUUCUUAUAGGUGACGAAAACUUCUUCCAGGCGAUGGCUGUCUUGAUUUCCUCGUACAAGGAGACGCAGCUACUAUCCUUGAUUGCCUGGUCUUGCGUGCAACUACUGGCACCGGCAGUAGAUUUGCGAUUACUGAGGACCCGGUAUGACCAAGGCGUCAUACUCUAUCGUCCAUACUUCUGUGAACGAUUCGUCGAGACCAGUUACCGUCUCCUGGUGAUUUCACUGGCCACUGUGUCACGCUUCUCGAGACACGAGCGCGCUGCCGUCUCUGCGAAGUUCGACCAUCUGGUUACGGUCGCCACUGGUUUGGUCAACGCCACGAACUGGCUGGACACCGCAAGUCGGCAACUGGCCGCCGAAAAGCUGUCUUUGACGCGCCUCCAGCUGUGGCCUCCGAAUAUUUUCUUGCGGAACGAGGAACUAGAGAGCGUGUACGCGGACUUCCCCAGCGGGGAGCUGCCAUUCGCUGAAUACUGGGUCCAGUCGAGUCGCCGUGCCGCCGAGACCUAUCGUGCCCGCACCGACAUCGACAUACUGAGCUACGCGGUCAACUAUGCGCUGCCGUACCUGCAAUACGAUGCGGCAAGCAGCUCUGUGAAGAUGGCCGUGGGCGCUGUUUCUCCGCCCCUUUAUUACUUCGACGGAAACAAGGCCAUGUUCUACGGCGGACUUGGCUUUUCUAUGGCUGUGGAGCUGGUCGCAUCAUUGGAUCGACAGGGACUGCAUUGGCACCCCGACGGCACAUUCGGAGAGUCCUUCUUGUCCAACGCCGCUAAACGGGCCUUCGAAGACCGAGACGGCUGUCUGGAGGCUGCGGAGAAGUACCCGGUCAACCGGCCGCAAAGCUACCCGACCCGGAAUGGCUCCAGGACAAGCGUGUUUCCCGAGAUUCCCGCGCUCGAGGUCGCCUACGCUGCGUACAGACAGUCCAUCAGCGUUGACGACGACGGGAGACCACAGGCAAUGCAGCGGAAUUUAUCGGGCGAUCAGGUGUUCUUCAUGACCCUGUGCUACAUGACGUGCAGCCUACCCGGAGCCGUGGGUCCCCACACGGUCGACUGCAACAAGGCUGUCAGCAACUCGGAGGCAUUCGCGCGGGCUUUCCAGUGUCCCCACGGAUCAAGGAUGAACCCCAAGAAGAAGUGCAUGUUCUUCAAUUGA